GUCUGCUGGCUCGGACACAGAGUCCUCCACCAUGGUGCUGUCCUCGCCACACUCCUCCAGGGUGAAGUAUCUGUCUCUGGGGGUGCUGGUGCUGCAGACCACCUCGCUGGUGCUCACCAUGCGUUACUCCCGCACCCUGAAGGAAGACGGCCCCCGCUACCUGGCAUCGUCCGCCGUGGUGUCGGCCGAGGUGCUCAAGAUCCUCACCUGCACCCUCCUCGUCUUCAUGGAGAACAAUUUCAGUGUGCGGCUGCUGAAGGAGGAGAUUGUGAACAAACCCGUGGAGACCAUGAAGCUGGCCAUUCCUGCAGGGAUCUACACACUGCAGAACAAUCUGCUCUAUGUCGCCUUAUCCAACCUGGACGCAGCCACCUAUCAGGUCACGUACCAGUUGAAGAUCCUCACCACAGCGCUGUUUUCUGUCUCCAUGCUGGGGAAGAGGCUGGGCUCCUACCAGUGGCUCUCCCUGCUCUUCCUCAUGGCUGGAGUCACUCUAGUGCAGUGGCCCACAGAGUCUGAAGGAGACUCUGAGCAGAAGAUCCUGUCUGCAGGCUCCCAGUUUGUGGGCCUGAUGGCUGUGCUGAUGGCCUGCCUGUCCAGCGGCUUCGCUGGAGUUUACUUUGAGAAAAUCCUCAAGGAGACUAAACAGAGUGUGUGGGUGCGUAACAUACAGCUCGGUUUGUUCGGCUUUGUGUUCGGCUUCGUAGGGAUGAUAGUGUAUGACGGCGAGAAGGUGAGAGAGUCGGGGAUGUUUCAGGGAUACAGCUCCAUCACCUGCACUGUUGUUGCCUUACAGGCUCUGGGCGGGUUGGUGGUAGCAGUGGUCAUUAAAUAUGCAGACAACAUCCUCAAGGGAUUCGCCACCUCUCUGUCCAUCAUCGUGUCCACGCUCAUAUCAUAUUUCCUAUUGGACGACUUUAACCCUACAGGAGUAUUCUUCCUCGGGGCAGUGCUGGUUAUUGCCGCCACAUUUCUUUACAGCAACGAGCGCAAACCUGCCGGCGGCAGCGCCAUCAAAGUGUAAACCUCUGUGAAAAGUAGUACCUGACAGAAGUCAAGACAGGCAGCUGACAUAGACUGAGCAGGGCUCUGUGAACUGUGACAGUGAGUUUGGAGCGCAAACAUUAAGAAUGCGGUUAAUGUUACUGCCAAACAACCACAGCUAGAGGCUGCUGGGCUCGAUGGGCCCCAUCACUCCUCUGCAAAAUGCUGCUUUGCACAAAAGAAUGGGGUCAGUAAUAUGGAAUAUGCUUUGUGUAUGUAUUUUAUGAUUGUUUUCCAUAUAAAAUACUAACAGUAUAGUGCAGCUAACUUUCAGUGUCUUCAGACAUUGUUGUAGUGAAACUCACAUAAACUGCAUGGGAGAGUUAUCCCAUGGAAUCAGUGCAGUUUACAGCGACCAAUAGAAGAUUAUUAUGAAACUGUGGCCUCGUGGAUAUUUGGACACAGAUAUUUUGUAGUUCAACAUACUAUAUAUGUAUUUAUGUGUUAUGUGAUAUGGGGAAACGGGUGUAGCCUAUUUACAGAGCAAAUAGACUAUCAAUGGUGCUGACAGUCCCUGCCUCAGAGAGAGGAAAAUCCACAACAGAGCUUCCAUCUAGUGGUGGAACGAGGAGCAAACUUGCUGCAAAGAGGAGGGGUUACCUUUGGUCAAAGAUGCUGAAUGUCCUUUUUUAUGAG